GAGGUGUCUGCAGGGAAGUUGGCGAUGCCAAGCAACUUUAAAUGCAACAAGGGAACCUUUCCGUGGGGGAGUGGAGUGUACCCCAUUUGUACAUGGAAAGGGUUUAGGUGCCAGAUGUAAGAGAGAUGUACCUAUAGAUGAAGAUUUGUGGGAAACGACCCUCUAUACAGAGAAUGACUCAAGACAUGUCUGCACUCCAAGCUGAAAAAGAUCAAGACAUGCAAAGGAUGUGGAAAGAUGUUGAUGAUGAGGAGACCUAUUUGUUUGACUGUAGAAACUUCCCUGAAGAACCGUGUUGUGAACCCUGGAAGCGUGCAGAGAUGGAGGCCAGAGAAGGAUCAGCUCCUUCUGCCUCUACCGAAACUCCUGCACCAGACCUGCAAGACUCUGAUUUCCUCCCUUCUGUUUCCCUUGCUGCCUUUUUGGCCCUCGUGUUUGUCUUUGUUUCCGUGAUCCUGCUCCAUCAUGGUAACAGCCACUUAUCCUUGGAUGACUACAGGGCUGUGAGCCCCACCAAGAAUCAAUUGCCCCAAAGCCGGCUUGGACUCCUUCGCCUUCUCUUCCCAAACCAGCCAGAAACUACAUGGCAGAUUCUGCAGCAAUACAUAUGUGGCCAGCUGGGAGGGACAAAUCCUGACAAACCUUGGGUCCUGGUCACCGCUGGGCUGGGUGAUGCAAGAAGCACACUUCUGUGCCUCACCAAAGCAACUCUUUCCCUCCUGACGGAGGAGAGUGCCGUGAAACUUCGGUAUCUCGAGCAAAGUAGUGUCUGGCUUCCCUGGAGGGGCAUCCUGGAAAAUGGGACCUGUGAUAUCUCUGCUGCAGAGAUUUAUGUGGGGCAAAGUCUUGUACCUUACGGCAUAAUGGUGUCCACACGGAGCUCUGUGGAUGGAAAACAGUUGGCCACCAAGAUCAACCUUGCUGUGCUGCUGAAUGGUAUGAAACGAGCACGGGAAGAGUUCCUCCUCCAAGUCUUCACUCCCAGACUGGUGUCUGAUAUUUUGAAUACUGUUCUCUUUGCUGAUAGGGCAGUGGAUAAAUUGGUGGCUUCCAAUGGGAGCUUCCUUGUCCUCCUGGUAAGGUCUGAACAGUAUUUGGAAAGUGGUUUUGUUUGCUGAGGAGCAGGUGUCUGGAGCACCAACACUCAGAAGAGGACACCUUCCUGUCGAUGUCUAGUGUGGCUGCAGAGUAACAGGAGAGUCUGGAUGGCAUGCAUUAAAAAACAGAAGCCACUGUUCCUUGGGUUUUGAAGAUUCUAUAGGUUAAGAAACUUUCAACUUGAAUUUUAGCAUCAGGAGUACUACCCCAGUUCCAGUCAGCUGUAUUCCUGGAAAUAAACACACCCAGUAUUGUCUACACUGACUGGCAGCAGCGGUCCAGAUUUUAGGCUGGGUUCUCUCCCAGUCCUAUGUGGAGAUGUUGCAGGAGACGGAUCCUGGCAUCUUCUGCAUACAAAACAGAUACUCUGCCAUUGAGCUGCAGCCAGCAAGCCAGGAGGAUUAUAUGCAUCCUGUUUGUCCAAAACACUGGCUGGCCACUCACAGCUGCUGAGCAGAUGCCUAUGGAAAACCCAGAAGCAGGACCUGGGUGCAACAGCACUCUUCAAUUUCUAAUUCUCAGCCAUCCUGCCUCUGAUAGAGCAGGUAGAACUGUUAUAAAGCACUUUGGGUUGGAAAGGAGAAGAGGUUCUUCUUCUUCUUCUUCUUUUUGGCAACUGAAACAAUGCACAGAGGUAAUAAGACCAAGGACUACAGUUACCCAGCUGCACCACUAAACUAAUAGUCUGAGGUAUACUGCCUCUGCAACUGGAAGUUCCAUUACAGUAUAUUAUGGCCAAUGGAUAAAGGAUGGUACCUCUGGAAUUUGGGAAGGGAGUGGUUUGCCAAUUGGCUUUGCCCAUCCCAAUGAGGGUGAUUGGUUGUGGGGUGGGCUUGCUCCUUGUUGAGACACCAGAGCGGAGGGGAAAGGGGAGGGGGGCAGCAUGUGUGUUAGCCUGGCUUCCAAAUGAGAAGCAGAAUGAUGGGAGUUUUGUGUGUGAUGAGAGCAUGAAGGCAGUUCACAAACACAUAUCCAGAGUAAUAAGAGGAUAUUUAGUAUUUUGCCAGUCUCUUCAUGCAGCACUGGGCAAUGCGCUUCAACACUUCUUGUAAAUCUUGCUUAGCCAGCUAAUUUUUAUGACCCCCCACAACAUGACCUUUCUGAAGAUAAAUUUGAGGAGCAGUAUGCUUUUACUUAAAAGGGACGCGGGUGGCGCUGUGGGUAAAAGCCUCAGCGCCUAGGACUUGCCGAUC